UACACUUUCCAAAACCCACCAACAAAAGCUCAACCCUGAGCCGUUUUCUUCAAAUUCCCCUCUCUUUGCGUCAAAUUCUUGAAGAAUUUCCUCAUCAGAUUCUAUCUAUUUUCGCAAUUUCUCAAUCCCAACUCCGAAAUCCUGCCUCCACUUCCAUGAAUUUAACAACAAUCCCAGCCUUGUAAUGAAUUCAGAUGGCCGAUACUAAUUCCAAUACCCCCACCGCCAGCGCACCGGAGAGGAGCCCCUCCGACUCGCCGACGAGCUCGAGGUCGGUGACGCACACUCUCAAUGGCUCGCAUAAGUUCGUCAUCCAGGGGUACUCUUUGGCGAAGGGAAUGGGACCGGGAAAGCACAUUGCCAGCGAUAAUUUCACCGUCGGAGGGUAUCAAUGGGCGGUUUACUUCUAUCCGGAUGGGAAGAAUAUUGAGGAUAAUUCGACCUAUGUCUCCAUAUUCAUCGCACUGGCGAGCGAUGGCACCGAUGUGAGAGCGUUGUUUGAACUCACACUUGUCGAUCAGAGCGGGAAUGGGAAGCAUAAGGUUCAUAGCCAUUUUGAGCGGUCACUCGAGAGUGGUCCGUAUACUCUGAAGUAUCGCGGUAGUAUGUGGGGAUACAAGCGUUUUCUUAGACGAUCUACCCUUGAAAAUUCUGACUACCUCAAGGAUGAUUGCCUACAAAUAAAUUGCACUGUUGGAGUUGUCGUUUCAUCAAUAGAGCGUCCACAUUCACAGAUGAUUUCUGUUCCUGAGUCUAAUAUGGGAGCUCAUUUUGGUGCACUACUUGAAAACUUAGAAGGUUCAGAUGUCGCUUUUGAUGUUGAUGGGGAAAAAUUUCAGGCUCACAAGUUGAUAUUGGCUGCUAGAUCACCUAUAUUUCGGUCUGAAUUUCUGAAUAUGUUGGAAAAAAAUAAGCAGGAGAUAAUUGUGAAAAAUCUAGAACCUAACGUGUUUAAGGCUUUGCUGCACUUUAUGUAUACUGAUUCCAUUGCCGAGGACGUGGUCGUAUCGACCUCGAGUUCAUCUUCUGAAUCUUGUGUGGGUGACAACUUCAUGGCAAAAUUGUUAGCAGCAGCGGACAAAUAUGGUUUGGAGAGAUUGAGAUUGAUGUGUGAAUCUCAUCUUUGUAAAGAUCUUUCUGUACACUCUGUUGCACAAGUACUGAGUUUUGCAGAGGAGCACCAUGCCACUGAAUUGAAGGUAGUUUGCCUGAGAUUUGCUGCCAUGAACCUUGGAGCUGUGAUGCAAUCAAAAGGUUUUGAGCAAUUGAAGGAAAACAACCCUUCACUUCAAUCGGAGAUCCUGAAGACACUUGCACAACAAUGUGGGGACGUCAGUGUCAACGGAGCGAAAUCACGGAGCAUGUGGGCUCAACUCUCCGAUGGUGGCGAUUCCAAUGGAAGACGGGUUAAGCAAAGAACCUGAUAACUCAAACCAUCAUUGUUUCUUGUGUAAAUGCAAAUGUGUUCUUCAAGUAACAUGUAAAGAAAAAACUGGACCGAACAGCUCCGUUUCGAUACGCUUGUUGGGGAACGAAUUUGAUAGCAGCAGUCAAAUUAGUUGUUCAUUUUCUA